CUGGCCGGCGGGGAGGCGGCGUGAAACGGGGUUCGUGUGUCUCCGUGCCCGGAGGCUCCGAGGCGCCUCCCUUUUCGGGAAGUGUUGUCGGAGGGUGCAAGUGUUGGGUCACGCGUUUGGGCACCUCACCCUGUUGAAACCCCGCCGUGGACCCCGGGGGGCUCCCGAAAGGCUUUUGAGGAGUUUCUCUGGCCGCCGGUCACUCUCGAUUUCCCCACCCCACAGGGAUGUGCAGAUGGAGGCCGGAGGAGACACUGCUGCCCCAGACCCCGGGGACGCGGAGGACUUGGACGACGCUCGGCUCCCCAUGGGGGAGGCUGGAGAUGGUGGAGGGGUUCACGAGGACCCGCCGGACCCCGAGAAUGGGGGCCUGGAGGAAACAGGAUCUGAGACCAAGGAUCCGCUACCGGACCUGCUGUCACCCCUGUCCCCGCCCGAGGCUCCAUCAUACACCUGUGGUCUCUGGGAUCCUGCCACCCCUGAGAAUAGUUCCGUGGGUGACCCAGAGAGCAGCUCUGGGGGCCAGGGUGGGGACCCCAGUGACGAGGACUGGCGCAGCAAGCGGAAGCACGUGUUUGUGCUGAGUGAGGCCGGCAAGCCCAUCUACUCGAGGUACGGCAGCGUGGAGGCACUGUCGACGACCAUGGGAGUGAUGACAGCCCUCGUGUCCUUUGUGCAGAGUGCAGGCGAUGCCAUCCGCGCCAUCUAUGCCGAGGACCACAAGCUGGUGUUCCUGCAGCAGGGCCCACUGCUGCUGGUGGCCGUGUCCCGGACGCCUCAGUCAGCGGCCCAGCUGCGGGGGGAACUGCUGGCGGUGCACGCCCAGAUCGUCAGCACAUUGACUCGAGCGAGCGUGGCCCGCAUCUUCGCACACAAGCAGAACUACGACCUCCGCCGCCUGCUGACAGGCUCUGAGCGCACUUUAGACCGCCUUCUGGACAGUGUGGAACGGGACCCAGGGGCCCUGCUCCUGGGUGCCGUGCGCUGCGUGCCCCUCGCUCGUACACUGCGUGAUGCCCUCGGUGCACUGCUCCGACGUUGCACGGCACCCGGUCUGGCCCUGUCGGUGCUGGCAGUUGGCGGGCGACUGGUGACUGCUGCCCAGGAGCGGACUGUGCUGGCCGAGUGCCGGCUGGACCCAGCUGACCUGCAGUUGCUGCUGGACUGGGUGGGAGCACCGGCCUUCGCGGCGGGUGAGGCCUGGGCACCUGUGUGCCUGCCCCGCUUCAACCCAGAUGGUUUCUUCUAUGCCUAUGUGGCCCGCCUGGACGCCAUGCCUGUCUGCCUGCUGCUACUUGGCACUGACCCUGAGGCCUUUCAUGACAUGGCCACCUGCCGGCGCCUGGUAGAAGAGGGCAUGCACUCCCUUGGUGCCCUGCGUGCCCUGGCCGAGGCGGCCAGUUUCUCUACUGCCCUGUCAACCAAUGCCCCUGCCUACAGUGUGCAGGCCGUGGGGGCGCCUGGUCUCAGGCACUUCCUCUACAAGCCGCUGGAUAUCCCGGACCACCACCGCCAGCUGCCCCAGUUUACCAGCCCUGAGCUGGAGGCCCCGUACAGCAGAGAGGAGGAGCGGCAGCGGCUGUCAGACCUGUACCACCGCCUGCACGCGCGCCUCCACAGCACCUCUCGGCCCCUGCGCCUCAUUUACCACGUGGCUGAGAAGGAGACGCUGUUGGCCUGGGUGACUUCCAAAUUUGAGCUCUAUACCUGCCUCAGCCCCUUGGUGACCAAGGCAGGUGCCAUCUUGGUAGUGACCAAACUCCUGCGCUGGGUGAAGAAAGAGGAGGAUCGGCUCUUCAUUCGUUAUCCCCCGAAGUACUCCACACCCCCAGCGGCCCCAGCUGCCCCUGCGGACCAAGUUCCCCAUAAUGGCUCAUUCACCGGACUCUGAGAGGUGGAGCUCUCAGAUUGGGCAGAGCUGGGAACAACCCUCUGGCUUUUACCUUCUGUCUCCACCCUGAAUAUGGGGUGGGGAGGCGAGGGUGGGGGAUGGUGUCUCUGGCUGAUCCCUGGCUUCCUAGGCAACAGGGUAAGACCUGAGGCCUGCCCACAAAGGAGGCGGGUUGCAGCAUGGCUAUGGGCUGCCUCCCUAGCUCUCUCAUGUGCCCCCCCAAACCCCUUAUUCACCUCCACCUCUGGUGAAACCCUUAGGCCUCUCUUCCCUUCGGCUGGCUCACCUCCACUUGGAUGAUAGUCCAGCCUCUCUCGGGCUCUGUCCUCUCCAACACUGGCCACAACACCCUCUGCCCUCCAUCAGGGGGGUCUGCCUCCUCGACAGAUUCUCAGCACCGAGUGUCCAGGUCUCUGGUGGCCCACAGAGGUUUUGGAGUUGGAAAAAACGGGCCAUUCAGCCUGGAACGGGCCUGGGGAUAUUUUAAAGAAAACUGCAUGUGAGGCCUAAAACCAGCCCCCACGAGAACAUUUCUUUUGCCCAUCAUGUACUUCAUCUGCACCCUGUCAAAUAGGACCCUCAUCCAUUUGGCUGCUGCUAAUAUUCAGGAGAAGGUGGCCUCCUGCUUACGUCUACCUGGGUCUGACAGGACAAAGCCCCUGACUUCAGGCGGGGGUUGAGACUCACGGCUGUUACCUAGGAGUGCGCUCAGCUUCUGAAGCUCGUACUGCACUGCUUCUCCAUGAAAUGGAUCCCACCAGCCUCGCCCGGGCUGUCCACUGAGGACGUGUGAACAAAAAGGAACUGGGACUCGUCGGUACCACUGCACGGGGAUGCACCCGAUCCCCGAUUUCCCCAGCCCGCGCACCAGCAACCUAGACAGCUCAGCGUCCACGUGUGCCCCCCGCAGUCAGGCGGCCGCCCCCCCCAGACGCUGCUUCGGUCCUUGCGUCUCGGCCCCGCGAGCUGC